CUCUAACUGCUUACUACAAUUUUGUCAACAAGAAUAACCUCUUUUCGAAUAAUAUUUUUUGCAACUUUUGCAAAGAUGGGAAGGGAAACAUAACAAAUUCGAUGAAGAAAUCUCCAAAUGAAGAAGACACAUUUGUGGGGGUUGUCCAAGACUUGACAGAAUCAAAUAAUAUGAUCAAUGCUAAUAUUAAAGUAUUGCAUGGGUUCUUAAAAAGUAAAAAUAACUACGUCUUAUUGCCCCUUGGGGAAAAAAUUACGGUGAAGAAAAUUGAAAAGGACGCCUCUUUGUGUAAAUACGUCAACGUGGAUGACCUUUGUCACUACCUAGCCAAUGAGAAGAAUCUUCCUUUCAUAAGGAAAGUGUUAGAACAAGAAGAAGCAUCCAAAAAAAGUGGUGACCCUGGGGGCAAUGGCAGCAAUAGUGAUACCCUUUGCAGUGCCCACAACGGACAAGACACGUUAGAAUUUUUUAUAAGCAUUUUACCCAAGAUAAUAGCAUCGUGCCCGAUCAGCAAAAAUGCACAUAUAACGAACGACAUCGUAGAAAACGUUUUCUUCAAAGUUGACGAUAACAAGAUAAAGAACGGAUCAGUUUUGGUAAAUAACGCACCAACCAAUUCGGAAAUAAAAAACGCACCCUAUGGGCCAAAAAGCACCACCUUUGCAUGUAGCAAGGUGAAAGUAUUAAUAAAAGUGAACCAAAUUAAAAUCCCACUGAUCAUAGGACGAGUGUAUCUUUUGUAUUCCCUAAACUUUUCGCAUAGUGUAACCAUUCAAAAUAUUCUCUAUGUGUAUAAAAAUAAAAGCAGUUCCUUAAGUUAUGACAGAGCAGAGGGGGAGGGUAAAUUACACGUCGAAUGUAACGCAAAUGAUGUAGCACAAAUUAUUGAUUUAAAAAAUUAUGUAAAAAAUGUGAACGUGCUUUACGAAAAGGUGGAUAAUAAAAAAUGCUUACGCAGCGAUGAUAUUGGCGUCAUUGAGCUCCUCGUUAAGGAUAACUCAUUCAUGUGCACACAAUCCUUCAGGCCUGAAUUAAACUACUACAUCUCGCAGGACAACCCCUUUUUCA